CUUAACUUUUAUUACAAAAGUAUACGUAGCUUUCUGUUUUAUCGGUAGGUCUUUUGUAUCUUGUUUAACAGUAUUCAUAUCAAUAUCUGGACUUCGUUAAUGUAAUUUUCAAAGUAGUGUUAUUUCCAAAAUGGCGUGUACAACUGUGCCAGAAAGUAUUUCUAACGGGUAUUAUGUUCCAGUAAAAACAUCGUAUAGUGCUGGAGAACAAGUGUUCUACGUCUGCUCACAGAACUAUGUUAUGUCAGGAAGCCCCACAGUCACAUGCACUUCCGGUGCCUGGGUUGGAGAAUAUCCGUCCUGCAGUCUAUCAUUCUUGUCAAAUGCGUACUUUUACAUCAUAGGAGCCGUUGUUUUGAUAUUGUUUAUAGUGGUAUUGGCAAUACUCUGUGUGUUUUGCUGCAGAUAUGCUUGUCGCAAAAACAGGGUACAAGACGAUGAUGAUGUUGAAUCACAGUCUGGGUGUUGUCGAUGUUGCAGGUCAAAUUCACGUGAUAAAUCAAGCGACACAAAAGAAAAUUCUACUAAACGUAAAACCGGAAAGGACAAAAAAGAUAAAAAUAAUAAAGGAAAGGAUAAACAAGUCAAAAAUAAUAAUGGAAAGGACAAACAAGUCAAAAAUAAUAAUGCAAAGGACAAACAAGUCAAAAAUAACAAAGGAAAUGACAAACAAGUCAAAAAUAACAAAGGAAAGGACAAACAAGUCAAAAAUAAUAAAAACGAUGAUUUAUCAACAAAGAAUAAAUCUAAGAAGGCAUUGACUAAAGCAAAAGGCUUGAACGUUAAAAAGAAAACAGUUAACAUUCGAAAGAAACAACCAAAGAAAAACAAAAACGACAAUUUUGUCAACAAGAAUAAAGAAAAAGAUAUGUCUAACAACAAACAAGAUUCUACGUUAAGUGUUGGAAAAGUUGCCAUUGACGUUAAUGCAUGGAAACCGUUUUCAAAGCCUGUGAGGCAAAUCAAUACAAGUACAAAAUAA